CAAACAUUUACAUACAAACUUUGUAGAGAAAAACAAUGUCAGGCUGCAGCAAAAUCCGCCACAUUGUAGCACUGCGCCAAAUGCUACAACGCUGGAGGAAGAAGGCAUCCACAACGUCCCAUCGUCACGUCCCUAUCGACGUGCCAUCGGGUCACAUAGCCAUCACAGUAGGCACCAAUUGCAAGAGAUAUGUUGUCCGUGCCACUUAUUUGAACCAUCCAAUGUUCAAAAAAUUGUUGUCACAAGCUGAGGAAGAGUAUGGUUUUACUAACUCUGGUCCAUUAGCUAUUCCUUGUAAUGAGUCUUUUUUCGAAGAGUUACUAAGUCACUUGGCUCGAUUUGAUUCCUAUAACAACACUUGUCACAUGGAUACUCGAAAGAAUCUUGAUUUUUGGGCUGAUUCUAGACCUCUUUUACAUAAUAAGUCCGUAUGGUAAUAUACGAGAGACAAGACCAAGAUUUUAAGUCGAUGAAUACAAAGUUUUAGUACAAAAAUACAAUUUUUUACCUAAGAUUUUCUCGAUUAUAUAUGUUAUGUUCGAGUCAAACACAAGUGGAUCUGUCAAGGAGAUGGCAAGAAAGUGGACGAGUUGAUUAGCCACAGAGUCAUCCAGAUAUUAAAUUAAGAGUGAAAUCCAAGAACAUAGCCAAUAGAAGUUGCAAUGUGAACAAAAGCAGCAGAUGAAAAAAGAACAAGCAAUGAUUA